UUUGACUUCCGUUGACCAAAAAGAGAGACUUUUGACUAUAAGCGAAAUCGAUGUCCGCCGUGAAAUCUGUCUCUUCCUUCAGACUCGCCUCUCUCCUCCGCCGUGAGAAUGAUCCCUCCGCCGCCAUUAAGCUUUUCCGAAAUCCUAAUCCAGAAUCAACGAACCCGAAAAAACCCUUCAGAUACUCGCUCCUUUGCUACGAUAUCAUCAUCACGAAACUUGGUGGAUGCAAGAUGUUUGACGAGCUAGAUCAGGUCCUCCUCCAGCUCAAGACUGACACUCGGAUCGUUCCUACGGAGAUACUAUUUUGCAAUGUGAUCGGCUAUUUCGGCCGUGGAAGAUUGCCCAGUCGCGCGCUCCACAUGUUCGACGAAAUGCCUCAGUACCGUUGCAAACCCACCGUGAAAUCCGUAAACUCUCUGCUGAAUGCGCUCUUAAAGUGUGGGGAUCUCGAGAAAACGAGAGAAAUUCUUUCGAGUAUCAAUAAGUUCGGUAAGCCAGACGCUUGUACGUACAAUAUACUGAUCCAUGGAUAUUCUCAGAGCGGCUGUUUCGAUGAUGCCUUGAAGCUGUUCGACGAAAUGGUCAAGAAAAAGGUGAAGCCCACUGGUGUGACCUUUGGGACGCUGAUUCAUGGGCUGUGCAAGGAUUCGAAGGUGAAGGAAGCCUUGAAGAUGAAGCACGAUAUGUUGAAAGUGUAUGGAGUUUGUCCCACGGCUCACAUUUACGCGUCGUUGAUCAAAGCGUUAUGUCAAAUUGGUGAACUGAGUUUGGCGUUUAAGCUAAAGGACGAGGCUUUCGAAGGAAAGGUUAGAGUAGACUCAGCUAUCUACUCCACGUUGACUAGCUCGCUUAUAAAAGCUGGAAGAUCAGAAGAGGUCUCGAUGAUUUUGGAAGAAAUGAGAGGAAAAGGAUGCGAACCGGACACGGUGACUUACAAUGUGCUUAUUAACGGGUUCUGUGUUGAGAAUGAUUUAGAAUCAGCUUAUCGAGUUUUGGAUGAAAUGGUUGAGAAGGGCUUGAAGCCAGAUGUUAUAAGCUACAACAUGAUACUUGGCGCCUUGUUUAGAAUCCAGAACUUGAAAGAAGCAACUUACCUGUUUGAAGAUAUGCCCAGAAGAGGUUGCAUCCCUGAUAUCUUAUCUUACAGGAUAGUUUUCGACGGGCUUGGCGAAGGUUUUCAAUUCGAAGAAGCAGUGGUUAUCUUGGACGAAAUGCUUUUCAAAGGCUACAAGCCUCACAAGGACAGGCUAGAAAGAUUUCUCCAGAGGCUGUGUGAGAGUGGAAAGUUGGAGAUUCUCGGUAGAGUUAUCAGUAGCUUGAAUAAAGGGAAUGCUGUUGAUGGUGAUUUGUGGUCGGUUCUAAUGCCUACUGUGUGCAAAGAACCUGUGCUAUCGGAUUCUAUUGAUCUGUUGUUGAACACAUUGAAGGAAGAAGGUCCUUUAUCAAGGAUGCCGCAAUGCUAGGUCACUUGUCGUGCAAGGUAAAUGUUCCUUUGAACCUUGUAGGGUGGGUGUUGUUGAGCAGGAUGGGUUAUCUGCAGACAAAGAUGAUGAGUCUAUUCUGCAUUAUUGAUUUAGAAAUUGGAAGAAAUCUGAAUUUCUUCAAUUGAUAUACUAGUCCUAGUCCAGUGAAGAAUGGAUUAACCACUAAAGCAAGCUGCAUUAUUGAUCCGUUUAUUGGACUAGACGAUGAAGUUAUGCUAUCUAAGGCCUAAACAGAGCAGAAACAGGAAUAGAGGUACAGUAUGUAUGUAAGGGCGUUUUCGUCAUUUACACUUCUGAGAACCCUACCUUAAUUUGAGAGGUUGUUGUUUUAGUUUAGUCUUUAGAGGCUUUUUGUCUGAGAGGUCUUUCUUCUUCUCGGCUACUUCUUCUCUGCUCGAUGAAUCUUGGAGGGAAGAUGGUGCAGAAGAAGGUGGCUGUUCUCUACCAUUAUCCUUGCCAUGACGGUGUUUUCGCCGCCUUGGCCGCUCAUCUCUACUUCUCGGCGAAUUCAACCCCUUCGCUUUUCUUCCCCAACACAGUCUACUCUCCAGUCACAAUCAGCCAACUUCCUCUUCGAGAAAUCAGCCAUCUCUAUCUUCUGGAUUUCACAGGACCGCCUGGUUUUGUCCACCAAGUCUCUCCCAAAGUUGACAAUGUCGUGAUCCUCGAUCACCAUAAAACCGCUAUUGAGAGCCUAGGUGAUGUCUCUUCGACUUGCAAGAACGUUACCAAAGUAUUGGAUAUAGGGAGAAGCGGUGCGACUAUUGCGUUUGACUAUUUCACUCAGAAGCUGAUGGAAGAAUCUCGAGGAGAUUGCAGAGAGAUGAACGAUUUCAAGAGGAUGAGGCGUGUUUUCGAGUACAUUGAAGACGCUGAUAUCUGGAAGUGGAAACUACCGGAGAGCAAAGCAUUCAACAGCGGGAUCUUGGACUUAAAGAUCGAAUACGAUUUCAAUCAGAACCCAUCACUGUUUCAGCAGCUACUGGCAUUGGACCACGACAGUGUGAUCAGCAGAGGAAAAAAUAGUUUGUCUAGGAAACGUAAACUGAUUCACGAGGCGCUGGAAAUGUCGUACGAGAUUGUUCUUGGAGGUGAUGAAGAGUUUGGUCGGUGUUUAGCUGUAAACGCAGAUGAGAUCGCAGAGCUUAGAAGCGAGCUCGGGAAUCAAUUGGCGGAGAAGAGUAAGCGUAUGAAACUCCGAGGUAUUGGUGCUGUUGUUUACAGAGUCCCCGAGCUUGAGGAUGAGAGCAAACUGAAAAUAAGUUUGAGGAGUGUUGAAGAAGAAGACACAACACAGGUUUCUCAGAGAUUCGGAGGUGGUGGUCAUAAAAACGCAAGCUCCUUCCUGUUAAGCUCCACAAAGUUCGAGCAAUGGAAGGUGAGAAGAAACUCUUCUGCUAACUAGAGAUGUUAUUCUCAAUCGGCUGUUUAGGUUUACUUGAACCGGUUUGGUUUGCGCUUUACCAGUUUCCGGUGUUUAUCCGGAUUUUGGUUGGAGUAUUUGGUACAAGUAGAUGUGUUUAAUCUCGGUUUUGGUUAGGCUUUUUAGUUUUAGAAAAAUAGUAACCAAACCAUUUUUCAGUUGUUUCUGUCUUAUAAGUGAGAUUGUUUAUGUAGUAACCUCUUUUUAUUUAUGAAGGUUAUCAUUGAUUACGUUUAGCUUCU